GUAAUCUGGAACAUCCUGAAGGGUUGGUCAUCAUAAUAAAAACUACACUUUCACUUCUGUUUUUAGAGACUCGCCGGAGCUGAACCACUGCGACCAGCUACACUUAACUGAAACACUUCUACUGCAGGUCUUCCCUCCAUCAUGUCUGCCGUCACAUCCAGCCUGUCUAGAGAUCAGCAGAGCAAACUGCUCUCCCUCCUCGGUCAUGUCAGACUCCACCUGCUCUACAAAGCCAGCGUCCACGGCUUCACCGCUGCUGCUUUCCACGGCCGCUGUGACAAACAGGGGCCCACCGUCAUCGUCGCCUACAACGCUGCUGGGUUCGUCUUUGGGGCUUACACCUCCAAGGACUACACCCAGAGCGGUGCGGACGUCAAUGACGAGCAGGCCUUCCUCUACAACAUCCGUGCACAGGAGGACAAACCACUGAGGGUGGCAGGUAUCAGUGGACAGUGUGCCUUCACAGAUGUAGCCACAGGUCCGAAUUAUGGUGCUUUGGUGUUCCUGCAUGAGGACAAACCCGCGUUCCAGUCCAACCCGGGAACAAGCUUCCACUUUCAGGGUGCAGCGCUGCACGGAGACAACUUGGUGCUGACUGAGUUUGAAGUGUAUCGAGCUGAAGGUUUAGGAAGUCUCCUGCCCAAACCCUGGAGGAACAUGCAGUGGACUGCUGAGAAAAAGCAGCAGCUGAUGAAGAAGAUCCAGAACUAUAAGUCUGAUAUUAAAACAGUUAAACAAGCCCGGGUGGUGUUGGUGGGGCGCGUCGGGGCCGGCAAGUCCAGCUUCUUCAACUCCAUCAGCUCUGCGUUUCGAGGCAACAUGACGUCCCAGGCCAUCGCCGGCAUAGCAGCCAGCAGUGUGACCACUCAGUUCCGCACCUACACCAUCACGGCAGGGAAAGGCGGUGAAGCCCUCCCUCUGAUGCUGUGUGACACAAUGGGGCUGGAGGAAAAACCUGAUUCUGGUUUGGACAUUGAGGACUUGGUCAACAUCUACAAGGGCCACGUAAAGGAUCGCUACCAGUUCAGUCCCUCCGCUCCGAUCCUGGCGGAUUCUCCAGGCUACAGGCAGAAAGUGACUCUGAACGACAAGAUUCACUGUGUGGUGUACGUGGUCGACGCCAGCCAGGUCUCGAUCCUCACACAAAAAAUGAUCGACAAGUUCACUGCCAUCAGAAAAAAGACCAACCAGCUGGGACUUCCUCAGAUUCUGCUGAUGACCAAAGUAGACGAGGCCUGUCCGCUGGUGGCGGAGGACUUAAAGAAUGUUUAUCACAGUGUUUUCAUCCAGAGAAAGGCCCGGGAGUUGAGCGAGUCUCUCGGCAUCCCCCUGUCCUGUGUGCUGCCAGUGAAGAACUACAGCGAGGAGCUGGAGCUGGACCAGGACACUGACAUACUGCUGUUUUCUGCCGUGGAGCAGAUGCUGAACUACGCAGACAGCUUCUUUGAGAACCAGGUUGUUGAGGACCAAGCGGUGAAUGAUCAGGCGGAGCUCUACAGGUCCAGUGAUCAUCUCAAAGCAGACUUAUCAGGACGCAUCGUUUAAAAGGCAGAAACUCAAAAUAAUGAGUCGGUUGGUCAAAUAUAUUCAAUAUGUUCGAGUGAAUCCAUUUAUUUGUAGUUGUCUUUAAUAGUCAGAAGUUUUGACAUUUUCUCCAUCAUCAGAUUGAGUAAGAACAAAGUCAGCAGCUCCAGAAGUAUUAAUCAGUGGACCUUGAGAUAUAUCGGAUAUUCUGUAAAUGCAACUUGUAAACUGGGAUUUCAUUUUUUUCUUCUGUACUUGUGACAUCUUUUACAUGUCUGUCCUUCGUGGGAGCCUCAAAUUGUUUUGCUAAUGUUGAAUUUCAGACAUCUUGAAAUGUUCACAAAUUAGGUAUGUUUAUACAUUUCGCUUCUAACUGGGUUACUUUAGCCACUUCAGUUGUUGUAUUUUCACUCACUAUUUCUUUUUUGCCAUGUUGAUGCACGUUUCCACAGAAUUCAUCGACUUUGUCUGCACAUAUUUCGGAUAUUCUAAUACAAGUAUUGUGCGUCUGUACACACUGUUGUCAUUAUCCUGUCACAAAAUGUAAAUAAAAGGACAGAUGUCGGAUAAUGA